AUGGCUGCUGCAAAGCUUCCACGGAGCACAGCCCGCGUGCUCUCGUCCACAUCACGGAACAUCGCUCUCGGUCAGCGAAAUCAGACGAAACGCUUCCUCCAUACCCCGCCAACACCACAAGCUUCCCACAGCGAAUGGACACGGCCGUCAGCGGCAACUUUCGCGGCUGCGGCAGCUUUAGCUUUAAUAUACAACGCAUCUGUUCAGCAUGCGCAAGCCGAAGAGGCUGACCAGCAAGAACUCGUCAUCGAGAAGUCAAAGAAAAAGAAGGGUGCUUCUAAGGAAGAGAACAGAGAUCUCAUCAGCUCACAGCAUCUACAAGUCAAGAAAAGCUGGGAGAACCCCGGCGUAUACGCCUGGGGCUCCAAUACUGGCAAGGUCGUCGCACCGGACUCCAAUGAAGCAUUCAUCAGAACUCCGCAGCGGAUAGCAUUCUUCGAUGAUGUCCUCUUACGUGACCUCAAGCUGGACCGCCAAUUUGGCGCUGCCAUCCUCGAGAACGGAGAUCUGGUGCAAUGGGGCAAAGGCUAUUCCGAGGAGUCAUCUACCCCUUCUGUGACUCUGAAAGGCAAAGAUCUCAAGCAACUCGCCAUCUCGCGCGACCGUAUCAUCGCCCUCUCCAAGUCUGGUAAAGUCUACUCCAUCCCAGCCUCCAAACUCGAGCAAGAGACACAGCCGAAGCAGAGUGAAUCCUCAUGGAUCCCGUACUGGCCCUCCACCAGCCGCAUCUCCUACCGCAAUCUAACCCCCACGACCCUUGGCUACAACGAGCGCAUCACCAGCGUCUCCUCUGGUCUCGAGCACGUCCUGCUCCUCGCCUCAUCCGGCCGCGUCUUCUCCGCCGCUUCAUCGAUGGAAGGCUUCCCCAGCAGAGGCCAGCUCGGCGUUCCGGGCGUAACGUGGUCAACGCGGCCCCCAGGACCCUUCGACAUGCCCCAUGAAAUCACCACUCUAAAAGGAUUUGAGAUCACCUCUGUAGCCGCCGGCGACACGCACUCCCUGGCUCUCGACCGCGAAGGCCGCGUCUUCGCUUUCGGUGACAACUCCUCCGGCCAACUCGGCAUCGACGCCACCGGCGAGGCCCCUUUUGUCGACGUGCCCUCCCUCCUUCCCAUUAGCAAGCUUUACAGCGGCACCAGCCAGACCGCCAAAGUUACCAGCAUCGCCGCUGGCGGCCUCAACAGCUUCUUCACCAUCGACGCCACGCGCGUCGCCGCACCCGACGAGGACACGCGCUCGCUUGCCACUCUGGGUCGUGUGACCGCCGACACAUGGGCGUGCGGCCAGGGCCUGCGCGGCGGGCUAGGCAACGGGCGCUGGACGCACAUCCAGGACACGCCGUCCAAGAUCCCCUCCCUCUCAGGCCUCUUCGAGUACGAUGAAGUCAACCGACGCACUAUCCCGAUCCGCGUCGCGAACAUCACGGUAGGCAGCACGCACGCCUCCGCCACGCUCGACAACGUCACAUACCUCGCAGCGUCGGAGAAGGGGACGGAGAACGACACGAACUGGGGCGCUGACUGCCUGUGGUGGGGCGGCAAUGAGUUCUACCAGCUGGGAACGGGGAAGCGGAACAACGUCGCCAAUCCCCUCUAUAUCAGGCCGUUGGAUAUGGAGAGCGAGAUCCAGGCGGGCAGGAAGGAGGAGCAUCGCUUUCAUGUCACGCCGCGGAGCACCGUACGCAUCAAGGGGAAGAAGGUUGCGAUGGAGCAGCGGGUCGAGUGCGGCCGCAAUGUUACAGGCGUGUACAGUAGGGUGUGA